GUACGAAGCGUGAUUCGCGUGUGAUUCCUCAAGAUCCCGUCGAGUGACCGAGAGAAAUCCGAGAUACGUAAUAUAUGUAAUACAUAUAUUACGAAUCUAGGGAUUGCGAAAAUUGGCGCGAGUUACGUGACAUACGGGAAUUGAUGCAUACGGAAUCACGCGGAAGCGAGAAAACAGCUGCCGGGAAUCGCGCGCGAGGUGAGGAGGCACGUAACGCCGAUCCUUCGAAUCAACUCGACUUCCCUCGGUUUCUCGCCGCGGGAAGCUCUAUCGGCGCACUUUGUGCAUUGUGUACGUGUAAGGAGAGCAAUUUGCACGACCCACCUUCCCCUCCGUCAUCGAUCCACUCAUCAUGCUGAAGAUCUCGUCGGCCGCAGCAAUGGAAACAUGAGGACCGUGACAGAUCGUGCAUCCGAUCGACGUAACUCCACUCCUACCGACCAUAAAUGACCGAUGUGACGCAACCAGUCAGGAAUAUUUUUAUGCAAAAUGACUCGCGCCCUUGUCCUUCUCUGCAUGGCCAUCAUUCUACCUCUCGUACGAUGCCACAAGAUCCACGAACGCAUGACAAGGGAAGAGAUGCUAUCGGUGUUUUACACGGGACACGAGUCCGUGCCACCGUACGAAGUCGUGCCUGUGUUGCACACGGUGCAUAAGAGGAGCGUGGACGCGAAGCCGCAGAUUCAUCUGAAGGCCUUCGGCAAAGAUAUCAGCCUUUCGUUAAAGCCUACGGAAGGGCUAUUGACGGCCAACAGCUUGCCGAUGUGGAUUGUCACCAGGAACGCGUCACAACCGGACGGCCUUCAUUACGAGAGGGUGAAGGAUGUCGGCGUGGAUAUCGGUGACAUCUAUCAAGACGCAGAGAACAUGGCUUCCAUUCUACUACACCGAGACCCGAAUGGGAAAGUGCGCGUUGAUGGGACCAUCGGUUCAGAAUUAGUUAUCCGGCCACUGCCAGAACGGGUUCUGCAAGACAUAGUGAGCAAAGCGACAACUCUUUACGAACCCGAACUACUGCCCAACAUAACUAGUAGCGAAGACUUGGAACACACAAGUCAUCAUAUCGUUUUCAGAAAAGUAGAUCGAGCUAUCGGCGAUCAGUACAGUGACUUUUCGCUCAUGGAACCCGAUCACUUAGCCAAGAGAUAUAGGAUUAAGCGUUCGAUUAAUAGCAGAUCGAGGCGUGAAGCACCGUACGUCAUUUACCCGGAAAUCCUCUGCAUUGUGGAUUACGAUGGGUACAGAUUGCACGGAGGCGAUAACGUGCAAAUAAAGAGAUACUUCGUGUCCUUUUGGAACGGAGUUGAUCUGAGGUAUAAAUUACUGAAGGGGCCAAAAAUACGUAUCAGUAUAGCGGGAAUAAUUAUUUCACGGGGACGAGACGCGACACCGUACUUAGAAAGGAAUCGCGUGGGAAGAGACGCAAUUGACUCGGCAGCCGCUCUGACAGACAUGGGCAAAUAUCUUUUCCGGGAGAGGAGACUUCCUGUAUACGACAUUGCCGUCGCUGUCACAAAAUUAGAUAUGUGCAGGAGGCAAUACGCGAAUGAUGUGUGCAAUAGAGGAACCGCAGGAUUCGCGUACGUCGGCGGGGCGUGCGUCGUGAAUAAGCGCCUCGAGAAGGUGAACUCGGUCGCUAUCAUCGAAGAUACCGGCGGAUUCAGCGGCAUUAUCGUCGCUGCGCACGAGGUCGGCCACCUAUUGGGUGCCGUUCACGACGGUUCACCACCGCCUAGCUACCUGGGUGGACCAGGAGCAGAAAAAUGUCGAUGGGAAGACGGAUAUAUCAUGAGCGAUCUUAGGCACACCGAGAAGGGCUUCAAAUGGUCCCACUGCAGCGUGUCUUCCUUUCAUCAUUUUCUAAAUGGUGAUACAGCGACUUGCUUAUACAAUGCGCCUCACGAAGACGAGGCGCUGCCAAGAGUUCUUCCGGGUAAACUCCUAUCCUUAGAUGCUCAAUGUCGGAAAGAUCGUGGAACAAGCGCUUGUUUCAAAGACGAUCGAGUUUGCGCUCAGCUAUUCUGUUUCGACGCCGGAUCCGGAUACUGCGUCGCGUAUCGCCCAGCAGCGGAAGGUUCGCCGUGCGGGGAUGGUCAGUACUGCCUGAACGGGAAGUGCGUCGCGGAGCACGAGAACAUAAUUCCGGAUUAUACGCAGAAUAUUCCGACGUAUGUACGCCGAGACAGCAUAUUCAAUUCUGCGAUACACACCCGACCGAUAUUCGCUCAUUACAACAACACAGAUUACAGGUAUCCAUGGGAAGCAACACAGAGCAUACCAUUAUCGACCGUAACCGCGUCGACACCGACAACGACGACGACGAUAAGGACGUCGACUUUUCCCUACAAACACGUCACAAAUCUGUUCGCAACGACAAUGUCAAAAUAUACGCGGACAAUUAUCAAUAACUUAUACACCGAUCAAUACAAGACUAGAUACAAUAAUAAUAAUAAUAGCAGUAACUAUAAUAACAGCGGUAUUGGUGGCGGCAUCAGCACCACCACUAGAAGGAACAAUUUUUUCAACUUGUAUUACACCGUCAGUACCACUCCGAAGGUCACUUACGGUCCAAAAGUUAGUCCUUUCAAGUAUAAGAAUACGGUGGUAUCGUUUUCUACGACGACCAAAGGAUAUCAGAACGGCCUUCGAAAUGACGGCCGCGGAACCGAGGCCGGUGAAUGCACGGACGUGGGGUCAGAUUGCGCGGAGCUGAUUGACAGGCUAAGAACAUGGCUGUGCCAUCUACAAUCUGUGAAGAGUCGCUGCUGCGCGUCCCUGAAGACGAUCUGUGCUGACUAAAUAAUGACACUAUGGACAAAAAAUAAGAAUGAAAAAGGAAAAUCAAUUCGUUUACUCGAAGACGUCGUGCUUAGACGCCCGCCACGGAUGAUGAUUUUAUUAAGCGCUCUAUCGCUUCUCGCCGUCAUAACGCAGCAUUCGGAAAAGCACCGCAUCGAUUGGAAGGAGCUCGGGAAAGAUCUUUCGCCCCCCGUUUCGUCAAUUGUUUCUCUUUCUCUUUCUCGCGGAUAGACGAAAAAAUCUACGUUAGAUUCUCGUGCGGUUCCUCGUUCGCGAUAAUCAUAUUUGACUCUUAAAGUAGUAGCUGCGUGUUUUGCAUACUUCCUCAGACGUAAUUUUUGCAGUACCAAUUUUUUCGGUACUAAGAUUGUACCGAGCGAUGUAGUGAAUCUUUAAAAAGGAGCGACUGUCAAUCGGAGGGUACGAUUGAGAUUUCGGCUGCGUUUAUAUUUAUUUAAUAAGAAGCGAUCUCGCGAAAGACUCGUUACACAGGCACAGGUGCGUCGUGCGUAUAUUUUUCGCAAGCGUAAAAAUGCGCGCGAGUAUAAAGCCAUUCGGAAAUUACGGAAAUUGUAUAGCGCAAAACAAUAAAUAAAU